CUUCCCAGACUUGCCCAAGUUAGGGUGCCCUAACUGUCCCUUUGCAGCCGCGGACCUACGCCGCCUGCGGGUGAGAAGGUUGCGACGGGAGGUGGGUGGAGCUCGCCAGCGCCGGGACCGCGGAUUGGCUGCCUCGGCUUUCUCUUUUCCCCCUGGGGCUCCGGUGUGAGGCGCUGAGCAGCCGGGAGCCGGCCCUCACCGUCGACCGGGUGGCGCUUUGCUUUUGCGGUGAGGCGUUGGCCUCGCCCGUACGCAUUGGAGCUCUCCGUCCAGCAGGAAUUUCCGGAAGGAGUUUGAAUUUUUGUGACUUUUUUUGCUUGUUUGGUCGGUGGAAUAUGUUGGGAUUUAUGUUUGCCUCUGAACAAGUGUCUUGCUCACAUCGUAAAUGACUUUCUCUCCGAAACGCUAAAUAUUCUGCCCCGCAGGAGCUCACAUCCUUAUUUUCCAUGACAGAUCUUAACGACAAUAUAUGCAAAAGAUAUAUAAAGAUGAUAACUAAUAUAGUUAUAUUGAGCCUGAUCAUUUGCAUUUCCUUAGCUUUCUGGAUUAUGUCAAUGACUGCAAGCACCUAUUAUGGUAACUUACGACCUAUUUCUCCAUGGCGUUGGCUGUUUUCUGUUGUUGUUCCUGUUCUGAUCGUCUCUAAUGGACUUAAAAAGAAAAGUCUAGAUCACAGUGGGGCUCUAGGAGGGCUCGUGGUUGGAUUUAUCCUAACCAUUGCAAAUUUCAGCUUUUUUACCUCUUUGCUGAUGUUUUUCUUGUCUUCUUCAAAACUCACUAAAUGGAAGGGAGAAAUGAAGAAGCGUCUAGAUUCAGAAUAUAAGGAAGGUGGGCAAAGGAAUUGGAUUCAGGUAUUCUGUAAUGGAGCUGUACCCACAGAACUGGCCCUGCUGUACAUGAUAGAAAAUGGCCCUGGGGAAAUCCCAGUCGAUUUUUCCAAGCAGUACUCUGCUUCCUGGAUGUGUUUGUCUCUCUUGGCUGCACUGGCCUGCUCUGCUGGAGACACAUGGGCUUCAGAAGUUGGCACAGUUCUGAGUAAAAGUCCUCCAAGACUGAUAACAACCUGGGAGAAAGUUCCAGUUGGUACCAAUGGAGGCGUUACAGUGGUGGGCCUUGUCUCUAGUCUCCUUGGUGGUACCUUUGUGGGCAUUGCAUACUUCCUCACACAGCUGAUUUUUGUGAAUGAUUUAGACAUUUCUGCCCCCCAGUGGCCAAUUAUUGCAUUUGGUGGUUUAGCUGGAUUACUAGGAUCAAUUGUGGACUCAUACUUAGGGGCUAUAAUGCAGUAUACUGGGUUGGAUGAAAGCACUGGCAUGGUGGUCAACAGCCCAACAAAUGAGGCAAAGCACAUAGCAGGGAAACCCAUUCUUGAUAACAAUGCGGUGAAUCUGUUUUCUUCUGUUCUUAUUGCCCUCUUGCUUCCAACUGCUGCUUGGGGUUUUUGGCCCAGGGGAUGAACUUUAUUUCAUUUCCACAGGUUGGAACUGAUAAGUCCAGCUAAAUUUGCAAUUCCAACUUCUAUCCUAAGAAGAAUAAUUGUAAUGGCAAAGCAGAAAUGCCAGCUCCUCCUAUAUUCCAUUGUGAUGGGAUUUCACAUUUUGCUCUCAUCAACUCCCCUGUAACAGCUAGCAUCUUUCUAGUGAAAGAGAAGAAUUCCAAGAACUUACGCAUAUUUUUUUCUGCUGAAUGGAAGUCUUGAGCAAUGAAGCUAUAUUGUCCCUACAUACUGCUAUAUAUUGAACUGAAAGUUCUCACAUAAUCAGUGUCAAGUUUUGUCUUAUUUUGUUUUGUUUGUUUAAACCAGUGUGGGAAAUAAAAGUGAUGAUAUUUAAAAUAGUUCUCAGUUGAAGCAGAGAAAUGCCACUGUGCUAGUUGCCCAAAUGUUAUGUCUAUUUUAAGUAGUUCGAGCUGAUGUGUAUGGAAGCCUAAAUAAGUAUAGUAUCCUGAACUUCUCCCAUUAAUUGCUAUUCACAAUUGGUAAAAGUAUGGAGAUUGGUUCCUAGUGAGUUUUGUGGCCUACUCCACAUUUGUUCUUCCUUCCUCAGGGUUAGUGAUGAAAAAAAGUAAAUACCUUUUUCAUAUGACCA